AUGAAAGAAAUAUUAUCAGAUAAUUAUAUUUCAGAAGAUACUAUAAGCUCAGAUUCAGAAACAGAUGAAAUUAGUAAUGAAUCAGUUAUUAUUCGACCAUCUAAACAUAAUUUAAGAAAAUCUAGAAAAGUUAAUUAUAAAGAAACAUCAAAAAAGAAACAAAAAUCAAUAUUAAAUCUUAUAGAAACUAAACAAAUAAUUAAAAAAAUAUUAGAAACAAUUAUUAAAACAUUAAAUUUCUAUUGGAAAAAUCCUAAUCAAAUUGCAUUUAUUUCAACAAUGUUAGAUCAAAGAUAUAAAGAUUUUAGUUUUUUGUUUAAUAAUGAAAUAAAAUUAGAAAUUGAAUUUAAAAUUCAAUGUUUAUAUGAUGAUUUAAAAUAUGAAUUAAAUCUAAAUGAUGAUUUAUCAGAAAUUCAAGUAACUAAAAGAAAAUUAUCUGAUGAUUCCAUUUUUAAUACACUUUUUGGAGAUGAAGAGCAAUAA